AGCGGAAGCGGAAGCGUUCUUCGUCACUUCCGUGCUUUUUCUUUUUAGAGCUUUGGCGGGCACACGUGCUGCCUCCGAGUAAUUUUUUUUGUUGCCGCAGCCGCCCUUAGGUUGGUUUGGUUGCUAUGAGUCUGCCUCUCAAUCCAAAGCCCUUCCUAAACGGGCUGACUGGGAAGCCAGUGAUGGUGAAGCUGAAGUGGGGGAUGGAAUACAAAGGCUACCUCGUCUCCGUCGAUGGCUACAUGAACAUGCAGCUUGCAAAUACAGAAGAAUAUAUUGAUGGUGCAUUAUCUGGACACCUUGGUGAAGUUCUGAUAAGGUGCAAUAAUGUCCUUUAUAUAAGGGGUGUGGAAGAAGAAGAAGAAGAUGGAGAAAUGAGAGAAUAACUUGUCCGGUUUUGUUGGUUUGUUUUUUAAAGGUUUUGUCAAGCAACAUUUUUUAUGGUCAAAAAAUAAACAUUGUCAUUGAAGAAAAAUUACCACUAUGGAAGAAAAAUAAUCAUACUAUUUCUGA